GAAUCUCCCUCUGGUAAGAAGCUGUCCUCCCCUCUGCUGCCUCCUCCAACACUGCCAGUCUGGUUGACGCCUGCUUUCGGUACACCUGACAUACACAUACACACAGAGGAAUGAGAUGUGGACUGUUGCUAUGAAGGAGGCAGAUUUACAUGAAGGACAGCGCAGCAGAGACAACUGGAGUGGAGGAGGGGGAGUCACACACAUGGGGACGAGACCAUGACUUGAAGAUGAGCGGUUCUCAGGCUGAGUUAGAGGAGAAGGACUGUCCUCCACCAGAGGAAUUAGAGUGUAAAAUCUGUUACCAACGCUACAAUGCCCACAAACGCAAGCCUAAGAUCCUGGACUGCCUUCACCGGGUCUGUGCCCGCUGCCUCAUUAAGAUCCUGGACAUUGCUGACGGGGCAGGCUUCGUGUCCUGCCCCUUUUGCCGACACCAAACCGAGAUCACAGAGUACGAGGUGUCAGCCCUCCCUGAUGAUGCGAUCAUCAUGUCCCACUUGGCAAUGCGGGACAAAUCCUGGAGCUCAGACCACAACAGGGAGGUGGUUUUGACUCCAACGGGUUUCUGCUCCUCCAGCCCAUCUCAAGAUUCCUCCAACUGCCUGGUCAUCACUAUAAUGGAAGUGCAGAGGGACUCACAGCACUCCCCAAGCCGAAACGGCAGCUCUGACAUCUAUGCUGAGCAGAGCCUGGACUCAGUAUCGAUGGACUCCAAUGGACAGGCUGAUCAGGACGCUCUGUCCAAGUUCUGUAAUCACGUCCCACGCAUCCUGGUCUGGUUGCUGGGUUUCUUGUACUUUGGCUCACUGCCUCUAGGAAUCUACUUGUUGGUGAUCCAGAGAGUGACACUGGGUAUUGUAUGUGUUAGCUUGGUGCCAUCAAGCCUGACAGUUUGCCUUGUCUAUGGGUUCUGCCAGUGUCUGUGCCAGGGCAUGUGUGACUGCUACUCCAGGGGCUGAUAGGAUGCUACAUCAAAACUGGUGGUCCUAGGAUGGGAUAAAGUCAGCUGCAGUAAACAGGUUUUUGAUGUGUUUUGUGAAUAGAUAGAGGGCCCAAAGGUAAAGAUGAUGCCACCUUCUACACAGUCUUUAAAAGCCUACCAGUCAACUAUCUUCAUGCAAAUAAUAGGCCAGUACAGAGACCUGAGACUGCCUUUAGAUCUCAGAGCCCCUGACAAUAUGUGUUAGUUGGAGCAGCGCCUAUACAUUUCUGUAAUGUAUGUAUACAACCUUUAUUUGUUCUGUGCUGUGUGUGACCUAGUCUAACAUAACAUUUGAAAGCAGACCUUUAACGUUUGACUUACAUAACGACAGCACUGAUAAGAGUCCUGGGCCCUCAUUUAUCAACACUGGUACCAACAUUCAAUCUUUUUAAAGUGAAACGUGGGAUUUACAUUAACAGUCAGAGUACUUACUUGGUUUUCUCAGGAUUUUCUUAAGUUAGUUAAUAAUUGCAUUUAAGCAUGACUGAAUAAUUGCGAGCUCCCAAUAACAGAAAGGGAGGAAAAUCAAUGUUGUACGCGAUUUUGGCCACCUGUUAAAAUCAAAGGCACCUCUUAAUUGAUUGAGAGUACAAAUGCAAAGGUUUAUUUUUUUCAUUAACUUUUAUUUUAAUGAGAGUUCUUCACAUCUAUAAGCCAGCAUUUAUGGUAGAACUAAAUGUUAGCAAAGAUUUCUUCCAUCUGUUAAAGCUACAGGUAAAUCAAAGUUGAAUAUAUGUUCUUUAUUUUAUUUUUUUAUUAAUAAGUCUUUUGCAAUGCUGGAAUCAGUUGGAAGCCUUUGGAAGCUAGUGGGGGGAUGUUGUCGUGGGACCGUGGUGCAGUUUGUUUAUAGCCUAAUGUUAGCUUUACACUCCUGGAUUGCAUUUAUGCUUCUAAAAUCAUGAAAGUAGUGUCCAUUUCUGAAGAUUAUCUUGCUGAACAAAACAUGUUAGCAUCAUAAACCUUUGUUUGCCAUAGAGCUUAUUUUCUGCAAUAACCCAAAAUGAAAAAACCCUUGGCACUUUCGGUUUGGCCUCCAAAAACACUUCUUCCCUGCAUCACUCUAUGACUACUGACAAACAAAGAAAACAUACAGGCUACACCCUGAUUGGACAAGUGCUUUCACUCGCUUACUGCUCCCGGAUUUCAAACAGACCAACAGCUAAUUUGGAAACAUACUUUUAUAUUACAAAACAAUUCACCUAAAUGUAAAGGCAGCCCGAUCAGGCUCCGAGAUGACGUUAUCUUCUGCCUAGAAGUGAUAAAUUUACAGCUCACAGCAACUUAAUAUGAUAUAGUCUCUGGCAUUUGAUAUUGAGUGUCUGUGAAAAAUGUUGGUGCACAUUUAUGAUACAUCGUUAGCAUGCAUUAGCUCGGAGGACUAAUUUGGCUUGGUUACUAUAUAACGUGAACGUCACAGUCACCCUGAACAUCACGCUCAACCUAGUUAAACAAUCUAGCAGUUCAACAAAGCAUUGCUUUCAGGUAAAGCCCUAACUGCUUAUUUUAUGUGUCACACUUGUUCUCUCUCUCUCCAUCUCUCUCUGUCUUUCUCUCUCAAUGCCUCAAAUACAGACACACACCAUACAGAGUUGUGUUGAAUGGAUGUGGUGCAUCUGAGGUAUACACGAGACUCAUAUCUCAGGUUUUUUGAUACUCCAUUAAUGUUAAGCAACACACUUUCCAUUCAGUUUCUUGUUGAGUUGAACAUAGCAAGGCUGCUCUGUUGUUUUUAUUUAUUUUGUGGUACUGGUUGUGAAAAGCUCAUUGAACUCAAAAGCACGGAUUGUGGCUAUGGGAGUCCUCUGUUACUUUCAUGCUGUAAGUCACAUGCACAUUCUGCCAUACUAAAGCCAUGCAGAUUUGUUGUUGUGUGGCAUCUCAAGGUUGUGAGCAUUAUUUAUGUGGCAUUUUGAUUUUCAUUUACAUGUAAGACAAACACUCUCCUACAAGUACCAUCCUGGCAUAUGGACUCCUGAAAGAAAGGUCACAAUUAACUAUGUGUGUAUUUGUAUGUAUAUGUGUUAUUUUAACAAUUAUAAUUGUUUUUAUGUGACAAAUGCUUUGCUGAGUACAGCACAUGUAUGUAGAGAAAAAAAGUUAUUUUGAUCAAGUCUGCUGAAGAUUUAGGUUUAUUCUAUGGAUUCCAAAAAGCAUAUGACCAAAACAUACAUUUAGUGGGUCAAAAGUUUGUCUUUUAAAACAUCUUGAACUGCAGUCCUACCCAGCAAUGAGUGACAUACCCAGCGCUACUUAAAGGAAAGCUUUAGACCAUAGAUUGAGAGUUUAAUUACUGUUCAUAAGCAUGGUGGUUAAGAAUUUUUGGGUUUUAUCAAUUCACAUUACUUUUGGGAGAGGUUGAAACUAUUACGCACAUUUGGCAAUUACCAACUUUCUUUUACUCACAAGCAUUCUACACUUCAUCAUCUUCUAGUAGUCCAUUUAGAACCUUUUCUGUACAAUGUUGACAACCGAGGGCCCUGGGCUGAUAACUUUGAGUGUAUUUAAUGAUAAACUACAGGUAAUGAUAUUUCUCAUCAAAAUGGAUACUGUAUGUAGCAUUUUGAAAAGAAUAUUAAUUUUAUGCUUUACCCUUCCUCUACAAUGUAAGUCCUGUUCCUUCUGUGAUGUUAUAUUCUAUAUAUUCUUUUCUUACCUUUCCAUUGUCAACUUCUUUCUACUGCUGUUUCUAUGCCCACACCCUCUGUUUUCUGUGUCUCUGUCUAUGAUUAACUGACUGCAGCUCUCAGCUUAGUGCCACACCACAGAUUACAGAAGCUACUAGACAAUGAAAUAAAUGGAGAAUUAUUUUCUA